AUGUCGGACGCCGAUUUUGAGGCAGUCCGGAAGCUUCAGGCUGAGCGGAACGCUACCGCAGCUGGCAAGAAAGGUUCAAGGACCUUUGAUCCAUCUAGCCAGCGCACUGACAACUCCACCAAGGCCUCCCUAACUGAAACUUUCGAUACGGAUCUCUAUGAUCGCAAUGGCGGCGACAAAUAUACGGGCUACGACACUUCGAUCGCUGUUAAUGACAACGAUGAAGAUAUGGAAGAUGCCGACGAUGGACAUCGUCUAGUCGGCCAGUAUACCGCGACCAGAAGUCAGAUGGAUGAGUUUGCCCAUGGAAAUGGAGUUGAAGAGGAGGACAUUCUUCUCGGGCGGGAGAAAGCGGCUAGAAUCGCCGACCGAGAGACGGACUACCAGAAGCGUCGUUUCAACCGUGGUCCGUUGACCCCCACUAGGGCUGAUCCCUUUGCUGCAAACAAGCAUGAAAGCGUGGAGGGGGAUGGCCAGACUUAUCGUGAAGUCAUGGCCUUGCGUGAGCUUGAAAAAGAGGAAGAGCGUGUCCAGAAGCUGAUCGCAGAAAAGCAGGCCCGUGGUGAGGACGGUGUUCCCGAACAUGAGGCCACGUUGAAGGCAGAAGACAAAGAAAAUGCCGAAGCUGGCUCGACUGUCUCUGUUGCCACGGGACGGAAGCGUAAGCAGCGGUGGGAUGUGUCUUCGGAGCCAACAGAGCCACCGGCUGAGGCUAAGGCUCCUCAGGCUCCGGAGGCUAAGUCCAAGAGAUCCCGCUGGGACCAGACACCCGCCCCGACAGCCCCGGGUGAAGAAGGACCCAAACGUCGUUCACGAUGGGAUCAGGCCCCGGCGCUUGGAGCCGCUGCGACUCCCGUUGGAAAUCAGGGACUUGCAACCCCUAUGCAUCCUUCCCAAGUAGGUGCGCCUUUGAUUCCAACCAGCUUUGGAACUGAUAUUUCUGCCCGCAAUGCUCCCUUGUCGGAUGAGGAACUUGACAUGAUGCUUCCUUCCGAGGGCUACAAGAUCCUUGAGCCACCCCCGGGCUAUGCUCCAAUCCGCACCCCUGCGCGAAAGCUCAUGUCUACCCCCGCGCCUAUGGCGAACGCAAACGGUGUCGGUGGCUUCAUGAUGCAAGAGCCGGAAAGCGCUCGGUCCCUAGGCAAACAACUUCCGACCGAAAUCCCGGGAGUUGGCGACCUCCAAUUCUUCAAGCCGGAGGAUAUGGCCUACUUUGGAAAGCUCAUGGAAGGGGGAGAUGAAAGCGUGAUGUCGGUGGAAGAAAUGAAAGAGCGGAAGAUUAUGAGGCUGUUGCUGAAGGUCAAGAACGGCACGCCGCCAAUGAGAAAGACUGCCUUGCGUCAGCUCACGGAUAAUGCGCGGCAGUUCGGAGCAGGUGCUCUGUUUAACCAGAUUCUUCCUCUUCUCAUGGAGAAGUCUCUUGAGGACCAAGAACGUCACCUAUUGGUCAAGGUUAUCGACCGUGUGCUUUACAAGCUAGAUGACCUUGUCCGUCCCUACGUCCAUAAAAUCCUCGUCGUCAUUGAGCCGUUACUUAUUGAUCAAGAUUACUAUGCUCGUGUUGAGGGUAGGGAAAUUAUCUCUAACCUGGCCAAGGCGGCUGGUCUUGCUACCAUGAUCAGUACGAUGCGUCCCGAUAUUGACCACGUGGACGAGUAUGUCCGAAACACAACUGCACGAGCGUUUGCAGUGGUCGCCUCAGCCCUUGGUAUCCCGGCCCUUCUUCCCUUCCUGCGUGCUGUGUGUCGCAGUAAGAAGUCCUGGCAGGCCCGACACACCGGUGUCAAGAUCGUCCAGCAAAUCCCCAUUCUCAUGGGUUGUGCUAUCCUUCCUCACCUGAAAGGUCUAGUUGACUGUAUUGCCGACAACCUUAGCGAUGAGCAAGCCAAGGUCAGGACGGUCACCGCGUUAGCCGUGGCCGCACUGGCUGAGGCCGCCAAUCCCUAUGGUAUUGAGAGUUUUGACGAAAUUCUCAACCCUCUGUGGACUGGAGCCAGGAAGCAGCGGGGUAAGGGUCUGGCUGCAUUCCUCAAGGCCGUCGGUUACAUCAUCCCGCUGAUGGAUGAGGAGUAUGCCAAUUACUACACCAGUCAAAUUAUGGAGAUUCUUCUUCGGGAAUUUUCUUCUCCGGAUGAGGAGAUGAAGAAGGUUGUUCUCAAGGUGGUGUCGCAGUGCGCUAGCACUGAUGGCGUAACAGCCAGUUACCUCAAAGAGCACGUAUUGACCGACUUUUUCAAAAGUUUCUGGGUGAGGCGCAUGGCCCUCGAUAGGAGAAACUAUCGUCAGGUCGUUGACACCACGGUCGACCUCGGACAGAAGGUUGGCGUCGGUGAGAUCCUCGAGCGAGUCGUCAACAAUCUGAAAGACGAGAGCGAACCCUACCGGAAGAUGACCGUGGAAACAGUGGAAAAGCUAAUUGCAGCACUCGGAGCGGCCGACAUCUCAGAGAGGUUGGAAGAACGGCUUAUCGAUGGCGUUCUCUACGCCUUCCAGGAACAGAGUAUCGAAGAUAUUGUGAUCUUGAACGGUUUUGGUACCGUGGUAAAUGCCCUUGGCACUCGUUGCAAGCCCUACCUUCCUCAGAUUGUCAGUACCAUCCUCUGGAGGUUGAACAAUAAGUCCGCCACCGUGCGUCAGCAAGCGGCCGAUCUUAUCUCACGUAUUGCCAUGGUCAUGAAGCAGUGUGGGGAGGAUGCACUCAUGGGAAAGCUCGGCGUUGUACUCUACGAAUAUUUGGGUGAAGAGUACCCGGAGGUCCUCGGUUCCAUUCUUGGUGCCCUACGAUCUAUCGUCACCGUCGUCGGUAUCAACCAGAUGCAGCCACCGAUCCGGGAUCUACUUCCCCGUCUUACUCCCAUCUUACGAAACCGUCAUGAGAAGGUUCAAGAAAACACUAUCGACUUGGUUGGCCGUAUCGCCGACCGCGGGCCUGAGUCGGUCAAUGCCCGUGAAUGGAUGCGUAUCUGCUUUGAACUGCUGGACAUGUUGAAAGCCCACAAGAAGGGCAUCCGUCGUGCCGCUAACAACACCUUCGGUUUCAUCGCCAAGGCCAUUGGUCCUCAGGAUGUUCUGGCCACCCUGUUGAACAAUCUUCGUGUGCAGGAACGUCAGUCUCGUGUGUGUACCGCAGUUGCCAUUGCUAUCGUAGCUGAGACUUGCGCUCCAUUCACCGUUCUCCCGGCCCUGAUGAACGAAUACCGCGUUCCCGAAUUGAACGUCCAGAACGGUGUCUUGAAGGCCAUGUCCUUCUUGUUCGAGUACAUUGGCGAAAUGGCGAAGGACUACGUUUACUCCGUGACACCCCUUUUGGAAGAUGCUCUCAUCGACAGGGACCAGGUGCAUCGGCAAACUGCUGCCAGUGUCGUCAAGCAUAUUGCCCUAGGUGUGGUUGGCCUCGGUUGUGAAGAUGCAAUGGUCCACCUUCUCAACCUGGUGUUCCCAAACAUCUUCGAAACCAGUCCUCACGUCAUCGACCGUGUCAUAGAGGCGGUCGAUGCUAUUCGGAUGGCCGUUGGCACGGGCGUGGUCAUGAACUACGUGUGGGCCGGCCUGUUCCAUCCUGCCCGCAAGGUGCGCGUGCCAUACUGGCGUCUCUACAACGAUGCCUAUGUGCAGAGCGCCGAUUCGAUGAUUCCAUACUACCCCAUUAUGGAAGACGAGGGCCUUGAGAGACCGGAAUUAUCCAUUAUUGUUUAA